AUGCAAAUUUGGCUGGCGAGGAGCCUUGUUGGCCGGAACUCCUGGAUGAGGCUGAGACAGGCACCGUGCGAGGCGGGCUGCGGUUGGUCCCUGGCAACUGGAUCGACCAGGACCGCACCAGAGCCGCACCAGGGACGGCAAGGCGACGCGCAACGGCCCUGGUCGGAGAUCGCGCUUGUGCUCCACACCAACAACACCGGUGGCGCCCCGCAGCAGUCCCAGCGCAGCCCCACCCCGCCGGACAGCAACAACGGCCUUCCCGAUUGGGACCGCCGCACCGCCGCCGACAGCGCCCGCCCCGUCUCGCCCCGUCUCGCUCCGUCUCGCUGCAGCGAGAAGCGCUCUCGCCAUUCCCACCGAUAUCGAUCGAUCGACACCGCCGUCAGCGAUAGCACCGCCAUCAGCACCAUCAGCACCAUCCACACCGCCAUCAGCACUAUCGACACUAUCAGCACCGCCGCCGCCGUUAAACUCGCCUUACAAUCGCCGUCCGCUCCUCCACCGUCGUUCCAGAAACUCUUUUCGCCCGUUGCAAUGCCCUCCCUCGAAGAACAGUACGCGACCCUCAAGGCCCGCUUCGAUGCUGCCGGUCAGGGCCACCUCUUCACAUACUGGUCCUCGCUGACCGACAGCGAGAAGGCUCUGCUGAUCGAAAACCUCAAGGUCAUCGACGUCGAGCGCGCUAAUGCCAUCUUCAAGCGCACCUACGGCAAGCCCGAGGAACAGCAUCCCAAGAUCGACCCCCUCCCCGCCGAUGCCGUCGACUCGACCCUGUCGGCCUCCAAGGAAAAGCUCGAUCACUGGCGAGAUCUUGGUCUGCAGCUCAUUGCCGACGGCAAGGUCGCCGUUAUCCUGCUGGCGGGUGGCCAGGGUACUCGUCUGGGCUCCUCUGCCCCCAAGGGCUGCUACGACAUCAACCUGCCCUCCAAAAAGUCGCUCUUUGAGCUCCAGGCGCAGCGCAUCCUCCGCAUCCAGGAGAUUGCUGCCGCCCAUAAAUCCAAGGCCGACGGCAAGGAGGUCAUUGUCCCCUGGUACGUCAUGACCUCGGGCCCCACCCGCGCCGCGACCGAGCAGUAUUUUGUCAGCAACAACUACUUUGGCCUGAAGAAGGAGAACGUCUUCUUCUUCAACCAGGGUGUCCUGCCUGCCUUCACCUUUGACGGCAAGAUCUUCCUCGAGAACAAGUACACCCCCGCUGUCGCCCCUGACGGAAACGGCGGCAUCUACGCCGCCCUCCGCAACGAGGGCGUCAUUGCCGAUCUCGAGCGCCGCGGCAUCCCCCACGUCCACGCCUACUGUGUCGACAACUGCCUCGUCAAGGUUGCCGAUCCCAUCUUCAUUGGCUAUUGCGCCUCCAAGAACGCCGAUUGCGGCGCCAAGUCGGUUCCCAAGGCCCAUGCCCACGAGUCCGUCGGUGUCAUCUCGCUGCGAAACGGCAAGCCCGGCGUCGUCGAGUACUCCGAGAUCCCAAAGUCCUACGCCGAGCUCACCAAGCCCGACGGCACCCUUGUCUACAACGCCGGCAACAUCGCCAACCACUACUACACCACCGAGUUCCUGAAGCGCGUCGAGUACAUCGAAGCCGAGCUCGACUUCCACAUUGCCAAGAAGAAGAUCAAGCACGUCGACCUGGCUUCUGGCGAGUCCCAGAGCCCCACCACCCCCAACGGCGUCAAGCUCGAGCUCUUCAUCUUUGAUGUUUUCCCCUUCACCCAGCACUUUGCUGUCUUCGAGGUUGCCCGCAAGGAGGAGUUCUCGCCCCUCAAGAAUGCCCCCGGCUCCAAGGACGACAGUCCCGAGACUUCCCGUGCCGACAUCCUGAACCAGACUGUCCGAUUCGCUACCGCUGCCGGUGCCAAGGUUGUCAAGGGCGAGAAGCAGGACCAGAACGACAUCCCCGUUCUCGAGAUCUCUCCUCUCGUCACCUACGCUGGCGAGGGUCUCGAGCGCCUGAAGGGCGUCACCAUCACCACCCCCUAUAUCAUCAACUCCGAGGCUGACAUUGCCCGUCUGCUUGCUUAA